GAAGUCGACUCUUUCCUAAAUUACACUCACAAAACUCCCGACCUUUUCUUGAUUCUUUUUUAUUUUUUUUAUUUUCUGAUAUUUUUUCUCUUUUAAGAAUCUCAAAAUCGAGAAGAAACCAUUACAGAGUGACAGUGUGUGUAUGUGGGAGAGGUAAUUUCAGGCAUGGCAUCUCCUGCAACAUGGAGGUGGUCAUUGAAACCAAGAAAAACAAGUAAACAUUCUGCAUUAACCCUUUACUCCACUUGCAAUCCUUCAAGUUUUCAUUUCUCUCAUCGAAAUCUAACAUCAAGAACAACAACAACUUAUCGUACUAAUUGCUCUUUAGAUCAUAAUUCUUCUUCUUCGGAUGAGGUUCGUAUUUCUUCAUAUACAACUGAUAAUGAAAUACUGAAAAGCAACAAAAAGAAGAUUAAUUGUAAUAAAAAAUCGAUUCAAGUUGGGAUAGAGUCUGUUGAUUCGACUUCGUCCCUGAUUGAAGAAAUUUCAGCUUCGGGUAAUGAUAAAUCAGUAGAGGAACAGGUGGAGAAGAAGAAGAAUGAGUCAUUGAAUCUACCACGGAAGUCAUUAUUUGAGAAACAAAAGCCUCUGUGGAAGAGGAUAUUCUUUGCAUCUAAAAAAGUUAGGAGUAUUAUAUUACUCAAUGUCAUUUCUGUUAUCUAUGCUAGUAAUAUACCAGUUCUCAAAGAAGUUGAAGCUAUUGUGGAUCCAGCAACCUUCACGGUCGUUCGUUUUACUCUGUCUGCAAUCUUUUUUUUGCCGUUUGUCAUUCAAGCUAGUGGUGACGCUGAGACCAGAACAGCUGGGAUAGAGUUGGGGGUUUGGGUCAGUUUAGGGUACCUUAUGCAGGCUCUUGGAUUAGUAACAUCAGAAGCUGGACGUGCAUCAUUUAUUACCCUGUUCACGUUAAUUGUGGUACCAUUGCUUGAUGGUAUGUUAGGGGCAAUAGUGCCUACCGUCACCUGGAUUGGGGCUCUCAUCUCCAUUGUUGGGGUCACUUUGCUGGAAUCCAGUGGCUCUCCACCAAGUGUUGGCGAUCUAUUGAACUUCUUGAGUGCGGUGUUUUUUGGUGUUCACAUGCUUAGAACAGAACAUUUUGCAAGAAGUACUAAGAGGGAUAAUUUCUUACCGCUCCUUGGAUAUGAGGUUUGUGUUGUUGCUAUCUUCUCAAUAAUCUGGUAUUUUGCGGGAGGCUGGUUUGGUGACACACAUGAAUUGGACCCUGGAUCAUGGACAUGGCCUGUGGUGCGCUAUUGGUUGGUCAAUUUCCCAUGGAUACCUGCAAUUUAUACAGGCGUUCUUUCAACUGGGGUGUGCUUAUGGGGAGAGUUGUCAGCUAUGCGUGACGUAUCAGCAACAGAAACAGCAAUCAUCUAUGGGUUGGAGCCACUCUGGGGUGCUGGUUUUGCAUGGUUUCUCUUAGGCGAAAGGUGGGGCAUCACUGGAUGGAUUGGGGCUGCUCUCGUACUGGGUGGUAGCUUAACAGUGCAGAUAUUUGGCUCAGAAUCUCCCAGUAAAGCUAGAGAAAAUGAAGAUGAUAUUGGGAAUGGUAGUACUGAUAAUCUAAUGCUUUCAGAUAAAGGGAAGAGUUUCCCCCCAUCACCAGUUGUUGUUACCACCACCUCUAGGAAAAAGAAUGUCUCAGAAUUUUUAAAGAAGUUGAAAAAGUAAGCUCCAGAAACCACUUACUAGUAAAGUAGAUUUCUAUGGCCUUUCCUUUGAUGAAGGUUGAGAGGGGUUGCCAGUUCGAUCCCCACCCUCAUGAAACGGACUUUAAUAAUGUAACAGAUUUGCAUUAUAACAAUCUUGUAAUUAUGAUGGGAGUGAUCACUGUUAUAAAUAAAGGUGGCAUUUGAUUUUGAGAUCAAAAA